AUGUCUGCCGCCGGCCAGCUCGACCGCCGCAAGUCCCUCUCCUCCAGCUCGCGCUCCGUCUCCGCCGCCGCCCUGAUGCCCAGUCCGCCCCUCGACCGCGCCGCCGACUUCGAGCCCUGCGCCGCCACCGCCUCCCUGUUCCUCUGCGCCCAUGGCUCCACCGUGCUCGCCCUGCACCACGACACCCUCGCCGUCGACCGCUCCUUCGACGCCCACACCGACCCCAUCACCUUCAUUGCUGCCGACAAUGUUAGUGAGAGUGGCGCCGGCCGUCUGGUGGUGAGCUACGACGCCAGCCAGACCGCCAUCAUAUGGGAUUUGUUCACCGGCCAGGAGGUCGUCCGCUUUGCCUCCUUCGAAGUCAUUCGCGUGGCCGCCUGGAUGCGCAAUGGCAACAUCGCCUUUGGGAGCGGAAAGGGCGAUAUAAUCCUCUUCGAACCGUCCACGUCCGAGCAUAUCUCCGCCAGAACCAUCUUCGACCCCAUUACUGCAUUAGCGCCUGCAGCUGACUGCCAGUCCCACGCUAUUGGAUACCAAAACGGCUCGAUACUGAUCGCCACGCUUCAACCUUUUACUAUCUUGCAUACCCUGUCCACCUCCAGAGCUCCGUCCCCAAUCGUAUCGCUAGCAUGGCAUGCUUCAUCGACAAAGCAGAAAUCCGACAUGCUGGCCACGCAGACUGUCGACGGUGACUUGCUGGUGUGGAGCGUGUCCAAACUUACCGCAAACGAUCUGCCCCGCGUCAUCAGAACUCUAAGGCGCCCAGAGUCCACCGCCACCACGCCUAAGUGGCUUGCUUGGUCUAAAAACGGUCGCAUUGUCCAGUACUCAGACAGCGAAACAUGGGCGUGGGACGUAAGAACCAAGCAUGUCACAUACGAGCGCAUUCCAACCAUCCAAGGCGUUCGAGGCAUCGCAAAUUACGGUCCAACUGCAACGCUCUUCACCCUGGGACCAAACCACACCGUACAGCAGUACGAUCUGCUCAACCCUAUGAUGGUUGCUAAUGUGCAGCACAUCCCGGGAGCUGAGACCUCAGGACGUGCCGAGGCCUUAAACACUUCAAUUCCGCUUCAGGCCGCGCUGGCUUCCACUCCACCUGCUCAUGUCAACCCCACAGUCGCGGAGCUCAAGGAUGCUUCUGUCAGUCCUUCGCCCCGCUCGACGCCGACUUUCGAAAUAACGGAGGCAAGCAGGACGGACCGCCCUCCGCUCCAAAGCCCGGAGUCUAUAUCCUCGAACUCCCUAAGCCGUCAUUACCAGCCUCGUGCUCCGAGAAGCUUGUACAGUGGCACUACUACAACGUUUUCUACCAGCUCGCCUGUACAAUCAGGUGCAGAAAGCGUAUACUCCAUGAGAUACACCUCGUCUGCAUCCAUUGUCUCCGGAGGCUCCCUGCGUGGAACAUCUCGCCUUCGCAACGAAUACAUCCCUAGCUCUGUUGACGAGCCUAUCGCCGACCUAUUUCCGUUUAUUCGAAGCCGUUUGAACGAGGUGCCGUUUCGCCCUCCGCCACGCCUUAACGAGGCGGAGCUCAAUCCGGAUGAACUGCGGAAGCAAAUGCUCAAUGUGGUCUUUGGUUGGGAGGGCGAUAUUCUGGACCUGCUUCACGAUGAGCUACGACGGCAUCGACCUGGAGACCAACACUCGGUAAUCUUGGGCCGAUGGCUGGGCCAUGUCGACUAUGAUAUUCUUUUGGGGAUGGCCUCCUCCGCUUCUUCGCGAUACACCGGUUGGAUGCUCCUUGCACUUAGCACACUAAACACCCAGCUUGAGACAAAAAAGAUGGGCCAUACCUUUGUGCAAAAAUUGCUAGCGAGAGGAGAUAUCCAUGCUGCAGUUGCUGUCCUAAUCGGUAUGGGAGAUGGAAAUGAUGGUGUUGAAGUCUACGUAUCGAGGAAUAUGUAUAUGGAGGCCACCCUCCUCACCUGCCUGGUAAUGCCUACUGAGUGGGCCAGGCAAUCAUAUCUGGUGCGCAGAUGGGGCGAAUAUGUCGUUCAGAAUUCUCAGCAACACCUGGCCAUCCGGUGCUUCUCGUGCACAGAUACGGAUAACGCUGACACAUGGGCUUCGCCCUCUGUUCAAAUGGCGAACAUCCUUUCGAACCAGCUUGCCAGCAAGGCCCCCUCACCAUUAGUCGUUGUCCCACCUUCCGAUCCUAAACCUACAAGUUCGUCACCCAAAUCAUCUCGGCCUGCUGGCAAGCAACAGGCGCUGAAACUUAUCACUUCUUUUGGGCCCGAAAAUACCGCUUUCAGAUUUCCCGGUCUUCAGUCAGCUGAUCGCACGCCGAUCAAUAUGCCGGGCGUUACCCCUAUCGAGUCUGCCAUGGGGGACUAUAUCAUGUCGCCUGCCGGCUCUGCCCUUUACAAACAGAAACCCAGCAGGCCCAGUCUUUCUGCGCGGACCAUUACACCUGGCGGCCACAAGAACAGGUUACCAUCUAUAGGCGAGACUCCAACGGAUGUGAAUCCCCCAAGUCUACCGAUACCAAAAUCGUUACCUACGCCUGAUUACUCCGGCUCUGAGAGGGAAAAGGAGCACAAGUCAAUCAUGCCCCAGAAUCAACCCGUAUCUGAGGAUCAACCUCUGGUAUAUCUCACCUCUGCUAGAUAUACGCCCCGUAACGACCCUUUAGAGGACGAACCCAAAAAUUCUGUUCCGCAGGAGGAUACAAGUAUUCCUAUUAGGCCAACCUCGAAGACGGACCUUCGACCGGAAGACUUUUCAGUUUCUACUCGAAACGGUUCAAGAGACCGAAAACCCGAAGGACUUCACAUCAAAUGGCCCCCAGUCUAUUCUUCUCAAGAUUCUGUCCCUAGCUCUGGUGGAUCCCUGCUCUCUCAGCCGUUAUCUCUUCAGCGACGGGAAGGAAAUCCAAUUAUUGGAGUUAGUCCUACGUGGACCACAGAAGGGACUGGUUCUUUACCUUCAGGAAGUAUCAGCGGCCGAAGUGUCAACGACUACAUUAGUAGUCUGGACGCUGCCUCGUAUUACUCGCACAAGCACCAAAACAAUGAAUUCGGCUCCAAAGGAAAUAAGAAAGGAAAAGAAUCCCGAGGAAGAAGUAAACAACGAUAUAUCCAACCUGCCAAACGUUCACCCUCAUCUCCCGUCCCAAUGUCACCCGAAGACUUUGCACUAUACUCAUCAACUGGAAAUGAGUCUACCCCAAACCUCCAGGUGAAGGAGUCUAAAAAACACCGGAGUCGAAGCGACAACUCACGCCGACGAGCAUCAAAGUCUCGGGGCGGCCAGUCAUCGAGGCCGCCCUCCAGAAACAACGAUAACGCUGACCAGAGUUUCAGCGAGGGCAGGGAGGGCAGACGCCGACGAAGGGACAACAGUUUCGGGCUGAGGUCACCUUCUUCACCAGUUCCCAUGUCGCCCUCCGAAAGCCACAACGUGCCUGAGGACAAUUUACGGCUUGUCAGUGCCGACAGAAAUCAACGCUUAAAGUCUAGUGAUCGGGGUUCGAGCCGCCGUCCAGAACGCGGCACAAGCGCCCGACGUGACUCCUCUCCAGAUCGAAGGAAGCCUGGCAGCCGAUCACGGAGCCGGCAAGCGGUGGAGCAAGCAGUGGCCUUUGGACCCACUCUUCCGAGCUUAGCUCACGGCCAAGAGAGAAGUUAUACACCAGGCCAAGCUAGUGAUGGAGCUCCAAUAUUUGCCGAAAACAUAGAAUGGAACGGUCGGCUUGGCCAGGAUCAGACACAAAAAGAUGCCGAGCGGAUAAGAAAGGAACAAGCGGCAGCCGAGUUAGAAGCUCGACGACUCUCAUUAGUUCGUCGGCCAUCGGCUCCGGUCAUCCCUUUACCCGGCGAGUUGAGUGCGGGCCAGAGCGUGCCAGCCAGGUCUCGAGCCAUGAGCGGCGACAGCCCUCCCCUAACCAACGGCUCUUUCAGCCAAAGGGUCAUGGGCAGGCAUAAUCCGUCACCUGCCAUGUCGACACGCUCAGAUGGUUCGACUGGCCGUAACUUUGCACCUGUUCCUGUUGGCUUACCAGCCACACCACGGGCAAUGAGACAUCCUAAAUAUAGUUCUGGAUAUGGAGAUGUUCCGCCUCUGCCGGACAGUAGCAGCUUUGACUGCUUGAGUCCCGUCUCUCAAACCGAGCCUGGGCGCUCUCUUAGUAUUUCACGGUCAAUGUCGGCACCCAUCCCCGAGGAUGUCAGUGACCAGGCUAUUAGCGGCAUUCCUGCACACCCGCAUUUCCAGCCCCAGCUUCCAAGCAGCAGGAUUAAUAAAUCCAUUGGCCAUAGGAAGGAACUCUCUCAAGAUGGAACUCUGAAUUCGUCGCACUAUGGUAGCUUUUCCGGUCAAUCUGGAAGGAAAGAGAGUGAUGCCUUCGUACCUCCUGUUCUCCCGGAGCUGCAGCACUUGUCCAAUCCUCCGCCACCACCACCAGCUCCCUCCGGCGGAAUCAUAGAUGGCAGCAACCAGCACUUACCCCCAACAUCAGAGGAGCGCAACUCCCUCAUCUCUGGCGUUGGUACCAUAAAUAUUGCCAUUGACGAGCCUACCGUGCUCAACGCAGGCGAGUCUCCCAAGCAAGGGUCACAACCCUCUUUCUCCCCUACCGAAUAUCCACAUCCCAAUUUUCACGGCGCAGGCGGUGCUCGCAGCUCCAUGGCGGAAUAUUCCCACCGCCGCGGACGCAGCAUCAACGAUGGCCUGGCCAACAAGAUCCGCAGCCUAACGGAUCGAAUGCGAAGCACCAGCCGCGGGCGAAAUAUGCGCACGUCCCCUACCUGUGAUGUAGACGCGCCACCUUACGAAAGUGUGCCAAUGACAAGUGUGAUCGAAAACACCUAUCAAAACUUAAACAAGAAUGAGUUCUAG